GGUUAGGGAAUUAGCUGCACUGUGCGCGCGCGUGUUAAGCCAGGGGGUUCCGGGAGCGCGCGCGGAUUGUCCACCAUCUCAGCCCCUCAGCAGGCUGUGCGUCUCGCGCGUCUUUAUCAUCCAUCUCCAUAGCGAAGCACUGAUCCUCCACGAGCACUGUGAUGAAACGGAAAAGAAGGUAUGCCUGGAACCAGAGAUAUGAGUGAGUCGUCUUCCUUUCACUCAGCGAAGCUCGUGUCAUUGGCCCGCUCGCUGUCCGGGCUUGGGAUUGAUGCCGCCAAUGGAGGCGUAGUCAACCCCCCUGACAACGAUGAGCCUCCUCCUCCGGAGUCUGGCAUCGAUCUAGGCGCUGGGAUUUUUUUUGCCGAUGGCAAGAGAAAAGUGGACUACAUGCUUUGCUACAAAUACAAAAAAAGGCGGGCGUCCAGGGCACGCCUUUCCAUCACAUCCAAUGGGAGUAUUGGGAGUAUACCAUUCCCGUUAACAGGCCGUUGGGAAACGGAAGGAGAGUCUGGGGACGCAGGUGCACCUGCAGGAGAUGCGGAGGAGUCAAGGCUGUCUGAGGAGGAAAAGGCUAUCAUGAGGGAGGAGUUUGAAGCGGGUCUAAUGGAUGCUGGACUACAGCUAGAGCGUGAUAAAGAGAGGGCAAAUGGCCAAGGGUUUAUUCGGCUGCACAUCCCGUGGCCGAUACUCAGUCGAGAAGCAGAGCUUCAGAAGAUCAAAGUUGCUGUCAGAAAGAAGUGUGAAUUGCGGAAACGGAUGGGCAUCGCUGGUACAUGGGAUUCCUUCAUGCGCAAAGUCAGCACACCGUUUCAACCAGACGUCCCCGACUUUGACGUCCACAGAGACUCACAGACACGCGCCCACUUCAAAACCCUCAAACACCCUUUUAUCAGAGACAAGCUCCACAUGUACGACAUCAAGUCAACAGAAACUGUAUUCGAUAAUGCAACACGCAGCAGAAUAGUGGCUGAGAUUAUUUCACGCACUACCUGCAGACAAACUUGCCAAACCACUGGCAUCAACUCAUUAUUGGCUCGGGGUGUCUACAACUCUGCCUUCCCUCUGCAUGAUGGGUCGUUCACAAGGAGAGGACGGAAAGAUCAGCGAAAUGACAGACAGCUCCUCCAUGAAGAAUGGGCUAACUAUGGAGUCAUGCAUAAAUACCAGCCUGUGGACCUGAUCAGGAAGUACUUUGGAGAGCAGAUUGGGUUGUAUUUUGCUUGGCUGGGUGUUUAUACUCAGCUCCUCAUCCCUCCCUCUGUACUGGGCAUCAUCGUCUUCGUGUAUGGCAUACUCACUGUGGAUACCAAUGUGCCAAGCCAGGAGGCAUGUGAUGACAACCUGAACAUCACCAUGUGUCCACUAUGUGAUGGAGUGUGCGACUACUGGCGUCUGAGUACAGUGUGCUCACUGGCCCAAGCGUCAUACCUGUUCGACAAUGGAGCCACUGUCCUCUUUGCCAUCUUCAUGUCUCUGUGGGCUGCCUGUUUCCUUGAGCACUGGAAAAGGCGACAGAUGUGUCUGAAACAUAUGUGGGACCUGACGAGCUUGGAGGAUGAGAAGGAGCGAGUCCAGGAGGAGCUGAGGCCUGAAUAUGAAGAAGCUCUACAGGAGAAAAAAGCUAAACUGAAAGCAAAGUCUAAGAAGAAGUCGACUAAAACUGGGGAUGGUGUAGAUGGAGAAAAAGACCACAUACUGGCUUCGCAGCCAGAACCAGAGUCCCUGGACAUUGAGGAUCACCUGUCAGGUUAUCUCAUCAAUGUGUCCACCUUACUAUUCCUGAUCUUCGCAACCUUCUCGGCGGUGUUUGGGGUGGCGGUUUAUCGUAUCUGCAUGUUGAGCGUGUGGUCCGUGAACCCUGAUCCUGAAGCCAAGGCCAGCGUGAGGAUGACCGUCACCACCACAGGCAUCAUCCUGAACAUGCUGGUCGUUCUGGUGUUGGAAGAGGUCUAUGGAGCCAUCGCUGUCUGGCUGACUGAACUGGAACUUCCUAAGACAAAGGAAGAGUUUGAAGAGAAGCUGAUCUUUAAGUCUUUCUUCCUCAAGUCCAUGAACGCCUUUGCACCUAUUUUCUAUGUGGCCUUCUUCAAGGGCAGGUUUGUUGGGCGGCCUGGCGAUUAUGUUUACGUCUUUGGAGACUAUCGCAUGGAAGAGUGCGCUCCACCAGGCUGCCUCAUCGAGUUGUGCAUCCAGCUCAGCAUGAUCAUGCUCGGAAAGCAGCUCAUCCAAAACAAUGUGUUCGAGGUUCUCAUACCUAAGCUGAAAAAGAUGUACAGAACAAUGCAGGAAGAAAAAGGGAAGAAAAGAGCAGCAGAAAAUGAGGAGAGUAAAGCAGAAGAGAAGAGACCAAAGCAACAAUUUGACAAAGAUUUUGCCCUUGAACCCUAUGAAGGCGUGACCCCAGAAUACAUGGAAAUGAUAAUCCAGUAUGGGUUCGUGUCUCUGUUCGUGGCCUCCUUCCCGCUGGCGCCAGCGUUCGCUCUGCUCAACAACGUCAUCGAGAUUCGCCUCGACGCUGCAAAAUUUGUCACAGAGAUCCGACGGCCUGAUGCCGUGAGGUGUAAAGACAUAGGGAUUUGGUACAACAUUCUCUGUGGAAUCAGCAAGUUCUCUGUCAUUACCAAUGCGUUUGUCAUCUCCUUCACGUCAGAGUUUGUUCCACGUAUGGUUUUUCAAUACAUGUACAGCGUGGAUGGCACCAUGAAUGGCUACACAGAUCACUCAAUGUCCUACUUUAAUGUCAGCAACUUCCCGCCGGGCAGCGGGCCCACCACCACCCUCUUCACCGGAGUCUCUAUGUGCAGGUAUAAAGACUACAGAGACCCACCGUGGAACCCAGAUGCUUACACUUUCUCUAAACAGUACUGGUCUGUCCUGGCUGCAAAAUUGGCCUUUGUAAUAUUUUUCCAGAACCUCGCCAUGUUCCUCAGCAUGUUGGUGGCCUGGAUGAUCCCAGACGUGCCGCGAUCUCUGCGGGAACAGCUGAAGAAAGAGAACAUGAUGCUGAUGGAUUUUCUGCUGAUGAAAGACCAAGAAGAAUAUGGAAUACCUGCCUCCCAAAGACGCUCCAUCCACUGCAUCCCCACCAACAUAGACAUCGUGGUGGAAGCGCCACGGGACGAUCUGGAGGAGCAUCAGUUGGAGGAGGAGGAGGAGGAAGUAAGGGUUGAGAUCAAUCUGGAUGGACCGAGAAGGAGCAGUGACAGCGAUCCAGAGGUUGGUAAGUCAUUCGAAGAAGUUGAAGAAAAUGGACGGGAAGAGCGAAGAGGGGAUGGAGAAGAUGAGGUUGGAGAGGUAGAAGGGGGAGAAAAGGAAAAAGAUGGAGAAGUACAUGAAGAGGGUGAAGAAGGGGAUAAAGAGCAAGAGGGAGGAGAAGAAAAUGAGGAAGUAGAACAAAGAAAACAAGAAGAAAAGGAGGAAGUAGAACAAAGAAAAGAAGAAGAAAAGGAAGUUGAAGAGAAGGAAGUUGAGAUGGAGGAGUUUACUGUCGAUCUGGACGACUUCAUGAGCAAGCUGGGCCUGUUAGAUGAAGAACCGUCAUCGAGCUCAGCUAGAGAUACAGAGCUUCCCCGCUCAGAGUCCAAACAGGAAUACCAGGAGCCUCCGUCACGUCCGUCAUCUAAAAGAGGCUCAACCCAGAGUCUGAUGGGCUCCAGGACAGAAAUGGCAAAAUCAGAUAUUGACACUAGGCCCUUCUCGCUAAUUGCUCCUCCUCCCAGAGAGCAAAGCUCAAGGGCGAAGGCCCGCUGCUCCACCCUGCCUUCUCGCCACAAAGGGGCUGAGGCUUGUUACAGCCUGCCGCGGCCCAGCCACUCCACCAGCCUCACGAGGUUCCAGCAGGCGGCCACGCUUACUCCCCUGGUUCCCCUGGGCUCUUCAUUAUCAGCCUCGUCCAACCCAUUCAUUCCCCCGCACACUUCUGUGUCAACAUCAUCUUCGCGUCCCACACAGUCCCCAUCAGCCCAGCAGCCUAAAGCCCCCAUUGAACUAUUUGCGCUGAAAGGCCCUCCGCCUCAGCAGCCCCGCUCCAGGGGCAAAGCCCGGUCCCGCACGCUGCCGCCUCGGCAAAGAGCCCCUGGUCCCGAGGAGCACUCCACCAAGCCUAGCCAUUCCACCAGCUUUACGAAGCUGGACGACUGCAUCCCGCCUUCCCCCAGUGAACUGAAGCGCAACACGCCGGUAUGAGGUGAUUUGGAAGGCCAAGGGAAAGGGACAGAGGAUGGCAGAGGGAGGGGGAGGACUAUCCAGAUUAGCCUCUCCCGUCUGUGCCUGGAGCCUCACCCGUCCGUCUGUCCUCCCUAUCUGCAUACAUAAUACCUGGGGUCUGAAGAGAGACCAUCCAGAUCAACGGAACGUCCUUUUUAUCCUCUUAAUCUUCAUGGGGAUGUUUAUACCAAUCCGUGGUUUACGGCUGACCCUGACAAGGGGAGUGCUGGACAAUUCAGAGAAAGAAUGCUCUGAAACUCUCCCCGCCAUGCCAGACAAUAACACCACUGAAACUUUAACUCUUUCUAUUCCUGUUUUUUUGUUGGUUUGUUUUUUGUUGGUUUGUUUUCACAGCUCAUUAGCCGCUGCUCCUCUGUUAUUCUCAGUCCCACACAUGCAGCAGUGCUGCCUUGUAGACCAGAGGAAUAUGGAAAUGUAUACAGCACAGCUAGUAUCAACACAUAUGUUUGUAGAUCUACUGUUUAUUUUUAGAAGGUUUUGAUAUAUAAAAAAAUGUAAAAUGAUAAUAAAAGAAGGACAUAUUUUUGAUAUCUGCUUUUCCUUCUGAAUUCUCAAGGUCAUGGGUAUUUCAUGUUGCAUUUCAGUCU